UCUUUUCUUCGGUUCUUUCUUUCGUUCGUCUCUCGGUGCGGCGACUUUUAUUCUUUCUGUGGCCUGACGACCCUCGCCUUCGCUCGCGCGUUCGGUUUUUCCGUUACUCCACUGACUGGCGGUCGACGAUAGUCGCAAUCGCAUUACCACAGCUCUUCGGUUUCGGAGCGAGUUCACAGGACACAACAACCACACGGCCAGGAUGCUGCUGCUGUUGCUGCUACAGUUUGCCGGGAGCUUGCGGAACACGUGUGUGCGUUCCGGGUGGGAAACCGGGGGAGCGAGCCUGGCUUGGGUUGGUGGCUGCAGUGGCUGGCAGGCCGGAAAGGAAGAGAGCGGGAGUGGGUUGAAGUUCGGUUGGUUGUUUAUUUUUUUUCCGCGUGCGCUCUCUCUCUCUAUCUCUCCUGUUCGUCGCUACUCCAUGGCUGCCUGCCUGCCUGCCUGCCCCGGUUGGACUUUUUUUCCAAACCCAUCCCACCGGCCGUGGUGGAGAACCACGAUACAACCACACACCACAGACCACCACAUCUCGAUAUUCCACGAAAACGGCGCCAGGAGAGGCCACAAGGCUUUGGUUGCGUGUUUCGGUAUCUCACUCAUCAUCAUCAUCAUCGUUGGCGCACAGUUACCGCGAUCGUACACCGCAACGGUGGCAGUUGGAGCUAACCGAACACAACAACAAAAAAACGCUGUGUUUGGCCGUCGCUGGAACGUUUUUGGAACCACUUCUUGGAUCGCGAAAGGUGCGCGAAUAAUAGGAAAUCGAUCGAUCGUUUCCCGAUUUAUCGGAAGUACAAGUGAAGUUUUUUUAAAAAAUUUUUAGUGACGUGGUGCGAAAAUUGACGAAGAGGUUCUAAUAUUGAGGAUUAUAAGUGCAGUUGGUGACAGUUGGAAUUCCUGACCGGAAGUGGCUCGAUGCGACAGGAUUUCGAAGUGUUUUGGAGUAAUUACAUAAUUAUUCAUUUUCAGCCGGAAGCAGAAGUGAGUUCCUGGUGAAAUCCCGAUACUAAAACAUAAACCGCAAACGCUUAUGACUGCACGGUCGAUACCGAAUCGAUUCCGGUGUGAACGGUGAACAGGCAAAAUGCAUCUUGCCGCUUCGGAGGUGAGCUCCACGACGAAUCCCACCACGAUGGAAGUGCACGGCAGCAGUGGCCAAAAUGGUGGCCAAAACGGCAGCGUAACCGAAGGUGCUAACAACGUGGGUGGCGGCUCGGUCGUACCCUCGGACGGGAACGGCGGAAGCGGCAAACACCAACAGCAGCUAACGGCCGAAAGUCUGGCCGAACGAACCAUCGACGGUCUGCUGGCGGAUCAUCCGGGCGAACUGGUCCGCACCGGUUCACCACACGUGGUUUGCACCGUCCUGCCGCAGCACUGGCGCUCGAACAAAACCCUCCCGAUGGCCUUCAAAGUGGUCGCCCUGGGUGACGUCGGCGACGGCACGAUGGUCACGGUGAUGGCUGGCAACGAUGACAAUUUCUGCGGCGAACUGCGGAACAGCACGGCCAUCAUGAAGAACCAGGUGGCCAAAUUCAACGAUCUGCGCUUCGUCGGUCGUAGUGGCAGGGGUAAGUGCAAAAGUUUCACGCUGACGAUAGUGAUUUCCACGGUGCCGAUCCAGAUAGCGACCUACACGAAGGCGAUCAAGGUGACGGUGGAUGGACCACGGGAACCACGAUCGAAAAUCCGGCACCAGGGCUUCCAUCCGUUCGCGUUCGGUCCUCAGCGGUUCGGGCCGGAUCCACUGAUGGGGACGCUACCGUUCAAACUACCCGGGUUUCCACAUCAAUUAGGCGGCAUGGCGGGUCAUUUACAUAUGGCCAACGAUUGGCGGCAGCUGAACGGUCGGGGUGCGGCCGGAUUUCCAGGUUCGCAUUUUUUCCACCACCACGCUGCGGCGGCCGCGGCAGCCGCUAACCCGGCCCAUUUCGCACCGCACAUGUUGGCCGCCAUCGAUCGGAUCGAGCAGCACCAGCAACAUCAGCACCGACAGCAGCAGCAACAUCCGACGGCAGUUACUACGAUGGGCAUGCUUUCGGCGGUAGCCGCGGCGGCUUCCUCAUCGGCGGCUACCAGCGUCGGCAUCUUCAGCAACGGUACCGGCGGCAGCAACAAUAACAACGGAGGUGGGGACUCCACGAUAAACUCGCCCCGGAUUAGCGAUUCUAAUGACAUCCACCUAUCGCUGACCAGUUGCAAUCCGCACAGCACGACCAGUCCGAAAAGUUCUCCGAAUCCAGCGAGCGAUAUCCGUCGUACGGUUUCGUCCAACGCGGAUGAGGCGAAACGUUCGGCCGACGGAGACUACGGAGAUCGGGACGAUAUGGAUGACGACAACGAUCAGAUCAGCGUGACGGGUUCCGAUCUGGGCAGUAGCGGCCAAACCGAAAACGACCGUCGAAGUCCACUGAUGAGCGGUGCGUUUACUUCGCUCAUACAGAAAAAUCACGCCAAAAUGAAGAGUGGUCUCGAGUUGCUUCAGAAUGGAACCUUUGCGGGUGGUCCAUAUCCGCCCCACGUUCAGCAGCCCCAUCCGUUGAAUCACGCACUGGCGGCGCAGCUGUUCUUCCAGAAUCCGUUGAUACCUCAGCCGAAUCACUGGCUGUACAAUCAACUGUACGGAAACUAUCAGGAGCUCCCGUGGUUCCGGCAGUCACUUUUUGCUGGGACCAAUAAAAGCAUACCGAAUAAUGAUACCAAAGAUAGUUUGGAUUCACCCAAGGACAGCGAUAUUGUCGGAAAUAAACGAUCCAUCACGGUCGUCUCCAGCAACGGUGACGAGGAGGAAGAGAGUCCUCCACGUAAAAUGAAUGUCAUCGAUGAGGAGGAGGAAGAUCGAAGAAAGAACUCGCCAUCCGUAACAUCCACCAAGAGAUCACCCAGUCCGGAGGUGAUAUCGCCAACGCCCGGUGACGAUUCUUUGUCCGGUUUAACGAUCUUGGAACGUUCCCCAAAACUGAGACGGUACGGAUCUGCCACAGAAAAGACCGGCCGAGGGCAGCAGGUUAAACAGAGUGACGUUUGGCGUCCUUAUUAGAAAAGACAAACAAUAUAGUUUUCGAUUCGAUUUCUGGUCUAUUCAAACCACUAGUGAUUCAGGUUCAGACUAAAAUGUUGUUUAUCGAAAUAAGUGGGACGAUUAUGCCCUCCUGACAGUUACCCGAAAAUAACACGUAGUGAGUUUCUGCGAAUAGUGUAAAGAAGAGAAAAAAACAACUAGUGAAACACAUAUCUCUUGUAAUGUAUUUAAUAUAACAGUACUUGUAUAGAAUUAGAUCUACUUAUGUGUAUAGCAAUGUUAUUAGAUGAUACCCCAUCAAACCGAUACAGGAAAAAAAAUGUAAAAAGCCAUGAACCGACUCGAAUAUUAAGCCAAAAAAAUACAAAAUCAAACUUCAUUAA